AUGUCGCUCCGUAGCAUCGUCCGCGACGUGAGGGACAGCUUCGGAAGCCUCUCGCGGCGGAGCUUCGACGUCAUACACUUCGGCCAUCCCCGCGGGAAAUCGCAGAGCUCCGUCCACCAGUUCCAGGACAACUCCGUCGUGGUCCAGCACAGCAAGUGGGCGAGCCUCCCGCCGGAGCUUCUGCGCGAUGUCAUCAAGCGGCUGGAGCAGAGCGAGAGCUCCUGGCCCUCCCGCAAGCACGUCGUCGCCUGCGCCGGCGUCUGCAGGGCCUGGAGGGAGAUGUGCAAGGAGAUCGUUAGAAGCCCCGAGUUCUCCGGGAAGCUCACCUUCCCCAUCUCCCUCAAACUGGUGCGUGCUCCACCACUUCUCCUCCUGCUGCUUUUGACUUCGAUCGUCAUCGUCUUCUUCCUCGAUCUGAAUUUUCUGCUUCGAUCUUCCCCCGCAGCCCGGCCCCCGGGACGAUGCGAUCCAGUGCUUCAUCAGAAGGGACAAGUCCAACCUGACUUACCAUCUCUUCCUCAGCCUCAGCCCCGGUGAGCUCUCCCUCUCUCUCUCUAUAGAUUUCUGCCUCUGGAUCAUCAUCCAUUGCUCUUCCAUCCGAUCUGUCAGAUCCUGGUAAUUCACGCUGGAGACAUUCUGCUCUCUCUCUCUCUGUCUUUCUCUGAGCGCAGCGUUCGUCGACGACGGAAAGUUCCUGCUCUCGGCGAAGAGGAGCCGUCGGACGACCUUCACGGAGUACGUGAUCUCCAUGAGCGCCGACAACAUCUCCAGGUCGAGCGACACCUGCAUCGGCAAGCUCAGGUGAGGAAUCAUCCUCCUACGCCCCCCGCCCUGAAGAAUUUGAAUCCGAAUCGGGUCGCAUCGAAAGUCAACGAGAGGAUCAAAAAAUCUCGCUUUUGGAAUGCCCUCCUCCCAGGUCGAACUUCCUCGGCACCAAGUUCAUCAUCUACGACACCCAGCCGCCGCACGGCGCGGCGGCGCUGCCACCGGCGGGGCGGACCAGCCGGCGAUUCAACUCGAAGAAGGUCUCCCCGAAGUUGCCGUCGAGCAGCUACGCCAUCGCCCGAGUGACCUACGAGCUGAACGUGCUGGGAACGAGGGGCCCCCGCAGGAUGCACUGCACCAUGUACACCAUCCCCGCGGCGGCGCUCGGCGCCGGCGGGACGGUGGCGCCGCCGGCGGAGAGCUUCCUCCGGCGGAGCAGCCUGGAGGAGUCCUUCAACAGCGCGGCCUUCUCCAAGUCUAUCGCCGGCGACAGCGGAGCGUCGGAAUUCGGCAGCGCGAGGUUCUCAGAGGUCGCCGGCGACUGGGGCGGCGGCGGCGGCGGCGGCGGCGACGGCGACGAAGAGGAAGGAAAGGCAGUGCCACUGGUUCUCCGGAACAAGGCGCCGCGGUGGCACGAGCAGCUUCAGUGCUGGUGCCUCAACUUCCGGGGGCGGGUGACCGUUGCGUCGGUGAAGAACUUCCAGCUGAUCGCCGAGGGGCAGCCCGCCGCCGGAGCGCCGACGCCGUCCCAGCCGCCGCCGGCGGAACACGACAAGAUCAUCCUCCAAUUCGGGAAGGUCGGCAAGGACAUGUUCACCAUGGACUACCGGUACCCUCUCUCGGCCUUCCAGGCCUUCGCCAUUUGCUUGAGCAGCUUCGACACCAAGCUGGCCUGUGAAUAA